AUGUGUGGAAAAUGUUAUACACGAAGGAAGAAAAGCGACGAGAACAUGAAACCAAGAAACGUUGCACUGGAUAUGACGAAACAAUUAAAACACCUCAAAAUGUGUGUUGACAACUAUCGGAUUCUUGGCGAUGAUAAAUCAAAGCCGUUUCACGACAAAUUUGAUUUACUUAAGAUCGCGAAAGUGGCCGCAACGAAGGAAGGGCUUGAACGAGAGAGAAAGCAAUUUCUGCAAAUGUUUGAUGAUUUGGACAUUCAGAAAUUUCUUGACGAUGUGGAGAAUGAUCCACAACAGAUCCAGGAUUUGGCCUUCUUCAAAAACAAAUUCCAGGAUUUGUUAUUAGAUAUCCCUGAACCCCAACCUAUUUUGACGUGUAAUAACACCACCACUAUAACGGACAUUGAAAAUCAACAAGACACACAUCAACCAAUUAACAUCUUUGAGAAGAGAGAGGAGAAGAAACAAGAGGAGCAAAGUGAGAGUACAAUUUUAGAGGUCUUUGACAAUUCAAAAAUGGAAGAAGAAGCACUUCCACAACCAACUAACGAUUGGGAAUUAAAAGAAGAGAAGCUAAUGAGUUCGUCGUCUUUGUCAACAAAUUCUCCAGAACAAUCUCCACGUCGAGAGAAGCAACAUGACCACACACCAUCUUUCAAUCUUAACGAGAACGAACCGUGCAAUGACUUUUCGUUGAACGAAGAGUCUUUGGAAGAGCACAAAGAAGGGUCCGAAUCAUCGAAAGAGCCUUCAGAAGUCGAAAACAUUGAAUCAAUAUUUGGACGCUCGAAAGAUAGUACAAGACCAUCUUUAGAGAUAAUUACUGAGGAUAACAUCACCGAGAUCAUUCAAGACGCUCCACCCGAAGUCACUGAGAAAAAACCUUUGAAAUUAUUAAAUACAAACAUACCCGUCAUUAAGAAGAGCUCACAGAAAACAAAGAAAAGUCUUGAGAAAAAAGGUGACGAUUGUAUUGACGUUGAUUUUGUAACAAUGAGAACUUCCGAGGACACUGUUUCGCCAGAAGAAGUCUUGUCUCAAGAGUGUGUCGAGUUCUUUAGACGUGUAAUUAGUCAGUUGUGA